GGGCCGCUUUCGUCGGGCCCCGAGCUCGCCCGGAGCGAGCAGCCGCCCGCACGGCGCCGCGGAGCCUCCUCGCCCGCUCCCGCCGGCGAGCAAGAUGAUGUGCGAGGUGAUGCCGACCAUCAGUGAAGCAGAAGGCCUGCCAGGAGGAAGUGGGAGCCGUGGGUCCAGCUCUCCUUCGCAGCCAGAUGCAGAUUCACAUUUCGAACAGUUGAUGGUGUCCAUGCUGGAGGAGAGGGACCGUCUUCUGGACACGCUGAGAGAGACUCAGGAAACGCUGGCAUUAACCCAGGGGAAGUUACAUGAGGUCGGGCAUGAAAGAGAUUCCUUGCAGAGGCAGCUCAAUACUGCACUUCCACAGGAGUUUGCAGCACUGACUAAGGAGCUGAACGUCUGCAGGGAGCAGCUCCUGGAGAGAGAGGAAGAGAUCGCAGAACUGAAGGCAGAAAGAAACAACACCAGGCUGCUGCUUGAGCAUUUGGAGUGCCUAGUGUCCAGGCACGAGAGGUCUCUGCGGAUGACAGUGGUGAAGCGACAGGCGCAAUCCCCAGCGGGUGUGUCCAGCGAAGUGGAGGUGCUCAAAGCUCUGAAGUCCUUGUUUGAGCACCACAAAGCCCUGGAUGAAAAGGUGAGGGAGCGGCUCCGAGUUGCACUGGAAAGGUGUAGUUUGUUAGAAGAAGAACUGGGAGCCACUCACAAAGAGCUAAUGAUUCUCAAAGAACAAAAUAAUCAGAAAAAAACACUAACAGAUGGAGUGCUUGACGUAAACCACGAGCAAGAAAAUACACCGAGCACGAAUGGAAAGAGAUCUUCUGAUGGUUCUCUAAGCCAUGAGGAAGACCUUGCCAAAGUCAUCGAGCUCCAGGAAAUCAUUGAUAAGCAAUCAAAGGAGCAGAGCCAGAUGAAGGAGCGCCUGGUCGCCCUCUCCAGUCAUGUGGCAGAGCUGGAGGAGGACCUGGACACUGCCAGGAAGGACCUCAUCAAGUCUGAGGAAGUGAACACAAAACUGCAGCGGGAUGUUCGUGAAGCCAUGGCCCAGAAGGAAGAUAUGGAAGAGAGAAUCACUACUCUUGAGAAACGCUACCUCGCGGCACAGCGCGAAGCCACCUCUGUGCAUGACCUUAACGAUAAACUUGAAAAUGAGAUUGCAAAUAAAGACUCUAUGCAUCGACAGACUGAGGAUAAAAAUCGCCAGUUACAGGAACGCCUGGAGUUGGCAGAGCAAAAGCUGCAGCAGACUUUGAGGAAGGCAGAGACACUCCCCGAGGUGGAAGCAGAGCUGGCCCAGAGAGUGGCGGCACUCUCCAAGUCUGACCUUUUGUCUUCUGGAAACUCUGCAGCUAAGGAAGCUAAACUGUUCGAACUCACUUCCCAGCUUAGGAAGGCCGAGGAGAGGCAUGGCAACAUCGAGGAGCGUCUCCGCCAGAUGGAGGCACAGCUGGAGGAGAAGAACCAGGAGCUGCAGCGGGCAAGGCAAAGAGAAAAAAUGAAUGAAGAACAUAACAAGCGUUUAUCAGACACUGUUGACAAGCUUCUCUCUGAAUCCAAUGAGAGGCUUCAGCUUCAUCUUAAAGAGAGAAUGGCUGCUCUGGAAGACAAGAAUUCUCUGUUGCGAGAAGUUGAAACUGCGAAAAAGCAGUUGGAAGAAGCGCAACAUGAUAAGGAUCAGCUCGUACUAAGCAUGGAAGCACUGAGAGCUGAGUUAGACCAGACGAGACCAAGAGGCACUUCCCUUCACCAUGGCCGACCACACUUGGGCAGUGUCCCGGAUUUCCGGUUCCCUGUGGCAGAUGGUCCCACAGACUCCUACAGCAGCAGUGCGGUGUUGCGGCGCCCCCAGAAGGGCCGUCUGGCUGCUCUGCGAGAUGAGCCAUCUAAGGUACAGACUCUUAAUGAACAAGAUUGGGAACGUGCCCAGCAAGCUAGUGUCCUGGCAAACGUGGCACAAGCGUUCGAGAGUGAUGUUGACAUGUCUGAUGGCGAAGAUGACAGGGACACUCUCUUCAGUUCAGCUGCUCUGCUGUCACCCAGUGGGCAGGCAGAUGCUCAGACACUAGCCAUGAUGCUUCAGGAACAGCUGGACGCCAUCAAUAAAGAGAUCAGGCUGAUACAAGAAGAAAAGGAGAGCACGGAGCAGCGGGCAGAGGAGAUUGAGAGCCGAGUGGGCAGUGGCAGUUUAGACAGCCCGGGUCGGUUCAGAUCCCUGGGCGAUGCCCCCCCACACCCCACAUCUGUGCUCACGGGCCCCUCCCCUCCGCACAGUGGGCGCUCCACCCCACGAAGGGGCCCGCACAGCCCAGCCAGGGAGGUGGACAGACUGGGGGUCAUGACUCUACCUAGUGAUUUAAGGAAACAUCGUAGAAAGUUGCCGGCUUCCCGGGAAGAGGUACGAGAUGACAAGGCAACGAUAAAAUGUGAAACAUCCCCCCCUUCCUCCCCAAGAUCGCUCCGCUUAGACAGGCUGCACAAAGGAGCACUGCACACAGUCAGCCACGAAGACAUCAGGGAUGUCAGAAACUCCACAGGCUCACAGGAUGGCCCCGUGAGCAACCCCAGCAGCAGUAACAGUAGCCAGGACUCGCUGCACAAAGCCCCCAAGAAGAAGGGCAUCAAGUCCUCCAUCGGCCGCUUAUUCGGCAAGAAAGAGAAAGGUCGUCCCGGCCACACUGGCAAGGAGCCCGCAGGACCAGCUGCUGCUUCAGAGACAGAAAACUCCUCUCAGGAUGCCCUGGGACUCAGCAAAUUGGGAGGACAGGCUGAAAAAAAUCGUAAACUUCAAAAAAAGCAUGAAUUGCUCGAGGAAGCCCGGAGACAAGGUUUGCCUUUUGCACAGUGGGAUGGGCCGACCGUUGUUGUUUGGCUAGAGCUGUGGGUUGGGAUGCCUGCCUGGUACGUGGCUGCCUGCCGAGCCAAUGUGAAGAGUGGGGCCAUCAUGUCUGCCCUGUCAGACACAGAGAUCCAGCGUGAGAUUGGCAUCAGCAACCCUCUGCAUCGGCUGAAGCUGAGGCUGGCGAUUCAGGAGAUCAUGUCUCUGACAAGUCCAUCAGCCCCUCCAACUUCAAGAACGACCACAGGAAAUGUCUGGUUAACGCAUGAAGAGAUGGAAACACUCACGGCCACGCCACAAACGGAGGAUGAGGAGGGAAGCUGGGCUCAGACCCUUGCCUAUGGGGACAUGAACCAUGAGUGGAUUGGCAAUGAGUGGCUGCCCAGCCUGGGCCUGGCGCAGUACCGCAGCUACUUCAUGGAGUGCCUGGUAGACGCACGCAUGCUGGACCACCUGACCAAAAAGGAUCUGCGGGGCCAGCUGAAGAUGGUCGACAGUUUCCACAGAAACAGUUUCCAGUGUGGAAUUAUGUGCCUACGGAGAUUAAAUUAUGACCGAAAAGAACUGGAGAGAAAGAGAGAAGAAAGCCAGAAUGAAAUCAAAGAUGUACUGGUUUGGAGCAACGAUCGAGUGAUUAACUGGAUCCUAUCAAUCGGCCUUAAAGAUUAUGCCAGCAAUCUCAUCGAGAGCGGCGUUCACGGCGCGCUCAUGGCCUUAGAUGAAACCUUCGAUGCCAACGCCCUGGCACUUCUGCUGCAGAUCCCGACACAGAACACGCAGGCUCGUGCUGUCUUGGAAAGAGAGUUUAACAGCCUUUUGGUCAUGGGGACUGACAGAAGGUUCGAUGAAGACGAUGACAAAAGCUUCAGGAGGGCACCUUCUUGGAGAAAAAAGUUUAGACCAAAGGACAUCCGUGGCUUAGCUGCUGGGUCAGCAGAGACUCUCCCUGCGAACUUCCGGGUCACUUCCUCUCUGUCCUCACCCUCUAUGCAGCCAAAGAAAAUGCAGCUGGAUGACAGACAGCAAGCGCCGGGACAGGUCCUGGACUCCUCUCAGCAGGCUGCGAGCUCUUCACAUCCUAUUCGGAAAAAUAGAUGGUCAAGGCUGAAACAAAUGUUUACAAAUCCAAAGGCUUUAAGGAGAGGCAGAGCUGUCAAAGUCACAGUUACUACUAAUGCAGGCAGCGUGUCAGGACCGCAGAGGCUGGAUUCUGCUACAGUCAGGACUUACUCCUGCUGACGUCUCCUGUAGUUUACCCACACUACUUCUACAGAUGAGUGUGCAGCAUUUUGAACCCAACAAAGACUACGUUUUAAAAUUCAACGGAAUCUUUAAUCUGUUAAUACUUGUUAUAUGGACCCUGAGAUAUUUUAUUACAGAGUUUUUAAUUAGCAAAAAAUUCAUGAAUACCAUAGAGAAAAUAUUUUAGAAUUUAAUGUUUCUUAUAUUUAUGUAAACUUAUGACUUCAUUUAUAUAGUUACUUACUUUUUCAUGUAUAUCCAGGCUAUAAAUAUCCUUUGAAAUCCAUGUUCUUAUAUCUAAUUUUAGUCUUUCAAAUGAAUGUACUGUAAUGCUUGUAUGUAUAAAUCUUAUGAACAGAUAUAGGGCUUUUGUAAAUUGUGCAUUUAUUGUAAUUAUCAUUACUUAAUUUGUUAAUAAUAUAAUCUGUCAGAGAAGGAUUUUACGAUUGUAAAAUCAUAAAUACAUGAUACAGCGUGUAUUAUCCUUUACAAACAAAAUCUAGCUCUACAACAAUCAUUUUGAAAUAAGCAGACUUAAUUUUGAGCAAUUGUUGUAUUUUAAUGACUGACCUUAACUAUACUUUUUCUAGCAAGAAAUGCUUUAUUCUGCAGUGUGAACAGAUUAAAAACACUUGGUGUUAAAUAUCAGCUUAUAAAAAUUUGGACUGGAAAGAUUAUCAGAACACUAUGAAAAUCCCUUAGGACUGGUGAACUCUUUCACAGCCUCAUCCCGGUGGGCUCAGGCAACUUGUCUUUAGUGACUGGCAGACGCCGGAGCUGAGGACCCGAAAGCCCGGGCGGGGGGCCUGGGCGCCCUCCUGGUGCGGAGCUCGCUGGCGAGAACUCUCAGAGGACCAAUUAGGAAGCUGUCUGCACACUGAAGGGUGGGCGCCGCCUUGGAAAUAAUGUGCGACUCUAACAAAGGCCUUACUGUUCUCCUGUAAAUCCUCUUUUUACAUUUGUUUGUAAACUUGUUUAAAGAAUGGACCUAGUCGUACAUUUUUAGAUUUUGAUGAGAUAGCCAUUUUGGAUUGUAUAAGUAGCAAAUGUAACUCUUCCUUUUUACUUGGCAUAUUAAAAAGCCAGCAAGAAAUGUGUUCAGUUCAUGGUGCGUUAUUUAUUAUGCAGCUGAUACAUAGAUAGAAACGGCACGGCAUGUCUUUUUACGUUUGGUUUCUGCUUUUAAUUUACUUGUACAAUUCACUGUACCAUUCUGUUUUUCUAUUAAUCUUUUGUGAACUUCCUGAUUGUGUAACAAAGUAUGUACAGUCUACUUUUGAACUAUUUUUAUCACAGUAUUAUUUAUUGCUGUCUUUCAAUACAGUACUGAAGCAUUUUCCACUGCCAAUAAAGAAUACUGAAAACAA